CACGCAAAGAAAGACAUGUUGGAAUCAAUCAAUCCACUGCACUUCGCGUUUCCGUACCCCUUACCCCUUCUCCUUCUCUCUUCUUCAUAAAAUACCAAACCAAAACCGACAAUAUUAAUUUUCACCCUCUUCUUCACAGCCACUUCGUCUCUCUUUCUUCAUCAAUCGCCCCUCAAAUUCUCAUUUUUAAGCAGGUUGCUAUAUACUGUAGUAAUUAUGGUUCUCAUCGAAGGUCUCCCCGAUGCUGUUGCUAUCAGAUGUCUAGCACGGGUCCCGUUCUUUCAAUUCCCGAAACUAGAAGUAAUUUGUCGUUCUUGGCGGGAAGCAGUUUACAGCACAGAGCUAUAUAAAGCCCGUGAAGAAGUCAAAUCACGCGAAAAUCUUUUAUGUGUAUGCGCGUUUGACCCAGAAAACGUGUGGCAGAUAUAUGACCCGACCCGAGACCUGUGGAUCACUCUCCCGAUCCUUCCUUCAAAAGUUCGAAAUUUAGCCCAUUUUGGUGUUGUAUCGACCGCAGGUAAAUUGUUUGUCCUAGGUGGCGGUAGUGACGCGGUUGACCCGUUGACCGGUGACCAAGACGGGAGCUUUGCAACAAACGAGGUGUGGGCGUAUGACCCGGUGAUCCGGCGAUGGUCCCAACGGGCCUCGAUGAUUGUGCCGCGGACCAUGUUUGCGUGUUGUGUGUUAAACGGGAAGAUAUUGGUCGCGGGUGGGUUUACAACGUGCCGGAAAUCAAUUUCCAAAGCGGAAAUCUACGAUCCCGAGAAAGACGUUUGGGUUUCGAUUCCCGAUCUUCACCAUACUCAUAACUCGGGGUGUACCGGGUUGGUAAUCGGGGGUGAGGUGCAUGUGGUGCACAAGGGUUUGACCACGGUUCAGGUGUUGACCAAAGACGGGUGGAGGGUUCACGAGCAUUCGUGGGUUCAGGGCCCAAUGACGGUGGUUAACGGUUCUUUAUUCGUGAUGAGUCAUGGGCUUAUAUACAAACAAGACCGGGAAUCAAGGAAAGUGGUGAUUUCGGCUUCGGAAUUUAAGCGGAGAAUCGGGUUUGCUAUGAUGGGCUUUCGGGAUGAUAUUUAUGUGAUUGGAGGUGUGAUCGGGCCCGAAGGAUGGAACUGGGAUAUUCAAAAGAUGUCCGAUGUUGAUGUUUUGACGCUUGGGAACGAGAGGCCCGUGUGGCAGAAAGCUGCUUCGAUGACCCGGUGUCGGGGGACGAUUCUUGGGUGCGCCGAGCUGAGAAUUUAGGGGGUUUCGCGUUUCUGUUUUUAUCUGUUUGUUUGUGCUCGAAUAGUGUUGUUUUAAGGUUUUGACCAUCUGAAACGAAAAUUAGCAUGUUUUUGUCGGUGGUAUAAUGCAUUGUAUACCGUAUAUUGUCGUCGAUUAAAAUCUGUUUGAUUCCGUAAAACU